CGGCAGCGCGCAGACAUGUGGCGGUCACAGCGCUGGCUCGUGGUGGCGCUGCUGCUUCUGGCGGCGGUGCCGGCGGCGCCGGCCGGCGCCGAGACGCUCGUGUGGCGCGAGGAGUUCAUCUCGCUGGACGCGCGCCGCUGGGACCACCUGGUGUCGGCGUCCCGCGGCGGCAACUCCGAGUUCCAGUACUACCGCAACAGCCGCAGGAACAGCUACGUCAGAGACGGCGUGCUGUACAUUAGGCCAACGCUCACUGCCCAAGACUACGGGGAGAAGUUCCUAUACACCGGUCAGCUGUCUCAUCUUGACUGCAACCUGUCGCCUUGUGAAACAUAUGCCAAUAAAGACAUUGUGUUGCCGAUACAGUCUGCACGAAUAAGAACGCUUAAUUCCUUUAGCUUCUUGUAUGGAAGAUUGGAGGUUAGAGCCAAAAUGCCAGUUGGUGACUGGAUAUGGCCAGCCAUCUGGAUGAAGCCCGCCAGGCAGGAGUACGGCCCGUGGCCCGCCUCCGGCGAGAUCGACGUGGUGGAGCUGCGCGCAAACCGGAAUUACACGACGCCGGCGGGGGUGUCUCAGGGCGCCGACACCACCAGCUCGGUGCUGCACUUCGGCCCGAACGCCACCUACAACGUGUGGAGGCCAGCCUACUGGGCCAAGAACUUGGCGGGCAUAGGGGAGACAUUCGCGGACGACUUCCACCUGUUCGGAAUGGUGUGGAAUGAGACAUCCAUCACCUUCACUGUGGACGACGAGAUCAUAGGGUCGAUGACACCGCCGGAGGGCGGCUUCUGGAAGUUGGGCAAGUUCGACGAGAACCCGGGAGGAGAGAACAUCUGGGCGAAUGGGACAAACCUGGCACCGUUCGACCAAGAGUUCUUCAUUGUAAUGAACGUGGCGGUCGGAGGCAAGUACUUCCCUGACGGCUGGAUCAACUUCCCGUACCCCAGGCCGUGGAACUGGACCUCGCCCCACCCCAUGCGGGACUUCUGGGAGCGGAGACACGACUGGCUACCCACCUGGUGCGGCGAGGACACCGCCAUGAAAGUGGAUUACAUACGCGUUUAUCAGUAGGGGCUGCCGAACAGCCUCCCCGCUGGGGGGGUGACAGCGUGCCCCGACAAGUUGAGUGUGUUCAUUUGACGUUAUUUAUUUGUGUGCGCUUGCCAUUCACUGCUAGCCAUGUUCGUGCAUUCCACGAAUAUUGUGCCACGGACUAGUCAUUUGCACAAAGUGAAACUGAACAGCAUGAUGGACUCCCUAGAUAGCAACAAGAGAAACUCGCCGAAGGCCAGAUGUUUCCACAACAACAACAACAUGCGGCCGGUAUAACCGUUCCCACCUCGGAAACCAACCAAGUGUGACGCAUGGAGUGCAUUUGCACCAGAGACUGUCAUGACUGACAUUUUGCUUAUUUGUAGGCCUACCAAUCUAUUCUGUGAUUGCACGUAUCUGUUAAGUACAAAUACACAGCACCACAUUGUUUGUUACCAAAAAAUAUAUUACGAAUGUUACUAAAAUAAACCAAUAAAAAUACAA